GUCGCCUAACCCCAUCUCCACCUCCACCUCCACGCGCUGCCGGCGCUUCCUCCCGGCGAGCCCAACUCCGCCGCCCCGCUCAAGCUUCCAAAUCCCGUCCACAAGCAACCCCUCUCCGCCUCUCCAGUUCGUCCCAACCCCUCUCCGCCCCUCUAUCCCAUCGGGCUGGAUCUAGGGUUGCAAGGGGAGGGGUUCUGGAGGCCUCCGCCACGAUGGAGGCGGCCGAUCUCGCUGCCGACGACCGCACUUUCGAGGCCAACUUCACCGGCGCCGGCGCCAAGCAGCUGCUGGAGCGCAUGCGGGAGAAGCUGCGAGAGUUCAAGGAUGGCGAAGAAUCCCUCGCGGACUAUGUUAUGGUGCUGCUGACAGGUAGAAAGCGCAAGGAUGAGGCCAGUAAGGACCUCAAUAUUUUUCUGGGAGCUGAUGAUAGUGCAACGUUUAUUUCAUGGUUGUGGGAUCAUCUAUCUUUGAAUUUGCACCUAUAUGUGCAAACACAAGAAAAGCGCGAGGUAGAGAACAAGGGUGAUGAACCAAAAGAACUCCAGGGGAGACAUAAGUCACUUGAGGUGCACUCCAGAAGCAAAGAUCAAAUUCACAAUGAGCAUACAAGUGAAUCAAAUACGACCACAAGGAGUUGGAAUAAGAGGGAAUGGAAAGGAACUGGUCGAGAGGGUAGUAAAAACUUUCCACUACGAAGUGUAUUAACAGAUAUUUUGCACGGAGAAGAGAAAAAGCUGCAAAAGUCUAUUGAAAUACGACAGCCUCCAUUGUCUAAUCAACGGAAUGGCAGAAAGCGUGAUAGGGAGGAUGAACCGCAACAAACAAAGAGAGAAUUGCCUUCUCGUCCCGUGCUUGGUGCAUCCCGCCGUCUUCUGCAGUUUGCUGUUCGAGAUGCUGUAAAAGCUGUGCAGCAAACUAGCAGCUCUACUGAGCCAUCUUCCAAGCGCCUACGUUCUGUGGUUUCUACAUUAUCCACAGACAACCUGCAUGGUCAAAAAUCAGAACGAACUACAGACAGCCUGCGUGAUAGGAGAUCAGAAAGAUCUACAGAGAACGUGCAUGACAGGAGAUCAGAAAGAUCUAAAGACAGCGUGCAUGACAGGAGAUCAGAAAGAUCUACAGACAACUCAAAUGAUAAAAGAUCAGAAAGAACUAGGCAAAUUCUACAAGUACCUGGAGCUGCUCUUAAAGCUGCUGCAGAGGCUGCUGCAGAUUCUUCCAAAGGAAGAUCUACUGGAAGCGUGUUCAGUCGACUAGGUCAAGGGAAUGCUGUGAAGCAACCAUCUCGUUCUCGUGAAGAGAGGAGAGAUUUUGAGCCAGUUACAUCUGUAGAUGAUCAUGAUUCUGAUCAGCAUGAUAAUGAUGAAGAGAUAUCAGGAGACCUGAACAUAGAAGAUGAGGAGGAUGAAAUGAAUGUUGAUACUACCUCUGAUGAUGAUGUGGACAUAGAUGAUGGAACCACUCGAUACCAAGGUUCUGAUUCACAUGCUGCUGCUGUCUCUUCAGUUGUGGAGAAGAAAUUUACAUCGACGAAAUGUAGCGCUGAACCUGAGUCCAGUACGACGAGGCAUUCAAGUUUGACUAAUAAGGGGCAACCUCUUUCUUCAUCACCAAUAAGAGGAAGCAAAACUGUGGCUGGUCCAGUUAAUCUCAGUUCUGUGGAACCUCCCAGUUUUGCUACACCAAAAGAUGUUCAUGUUGUGGAGAAGCUGGACAUCACACCCAUGAAUCCUAAUGUUACCUCUCCGGCUGUUAAUGUCAAAGAAUCAGGUAAUGGAGAAGUCCAAAAGGAGUCACAUCGGUCUGCAACGUCUGUUACAAGUUCAUACAGCUCUGUGCAUCCCACUGAGGAUGCGGAUUCAAGGACCCUCUAUGUUAGCAAUGUUCAUUUUGCUGCCACCAAGGACUCGUUAUCUCGCCAUUUCAACAAGUUUGGUGCCGUGCUGAAAGUAGUCAUUGUUACGAAUGCAGCAACAGGGCAGCCAACAGGGUCCGCAUAUGUAGAAUUUUUACACACAGAGUCGGCUGAGCGAGCUCUGUCAUUGAAUGGCACAUCAUUUAUGACACGCAUUCUCAAGGUUGUGAGGCGAAGCUCUCAUGAAGCUGCUCACUUUUAUGGUUGGCCUGGCAGUGGUCGGUCAUCAAUGUAUGCUAGGCAUAGUAGGAUGGCAUACCCAAGGGGUGCCCUUCCUGGCAACUCUUUUAGAGGACGUACUCCCAUGAAGGCGGGUGCCAGAAGUUUUCAGUGGAAGCGUGAGGCUUCAGGCGCUGAUUCAAAUGCAGUUGCGAAAACUGACAUGAGCGUGUCAUUGCCUUCGGCUGAACAGGUGCUCCCACCAGCCACAUAGGGGGCCGAUCAUAUUUCAUAUAUAUGAUCAUAGUGAGAACCAAUUGGUGUCUUUCCAAUUGUGCAGCAUGUGUGAAUGACGACAAUAAGCUGAGAAGAUUGUUGCUCCAAAAUGCUGCUUUGUAAAAAGACUAAACAGGAAAAUCAUAAAAAAAGUGAAAAAAGAAAAGGAAAAGGGGGAGCGGGAGCGGGAUCUGGAACUCCAAUCUGGUAAACUGCAAUGCUGAUACCAGGAGAUGGCCGUGUCCUGUAUUGAUUAUCAUCAGGCUGCGGUAACAAGCAGUUCUUUUCAGCCAUCUGGAAGGGGCUUACACACAUCUGAAAUAAUUGCAAUUGCUGUUGUGUUGAUGGUUGCUUCAACGAGGAUUGACUACAAGUAGAUAAAAAGGAGGACCAGUUUUCAUGGACAUGAUAUCCUGGCGCUUAGUAUGCGCUCUGUCAAUGUAAGCCCCAACUGUAUAGCGAGCUAUUUAUUUGUACUCUUCUCUCAGAACCCCUUCCCAAUCAAAAAAAGGUGAAAAAAGAAAAGAAAAGAUAGUUCUCCGUGUCA